AUGGAGCGUUCUCAGGCAAAGAACGUUCUGGGCUUUGAUUACUGGCUCCAAUGGCAAGUCCUUGUAUGUGCUCUAAUCUUUUUGCUCCCGGCAGCCGUUGCAGUCUUCCUCCUCAAGAAGAGGACCAGCGCCGGCAGUAACCCACUCAACUCCACUGAUUUGUGGGUCCCAUGCUGGAGAAACCUCAGUCCAAAAUGGCUUCUGUUCUACCGAGCAAUCGCCUUUGUUUCCAUGUCUUUUCUGCUCUAUGAGAUUGCUGCUGCUUUCGGAUUCUUCGUCUUCUUCUUCUACACCCAGUGGACUUUUGCAUUGGUUAUGGUCUACUUUGCUAUUGGUACUGCUGUAUCUGCCCAUGGAUGUUGGAUUUACUCAAGAAGACCCCUCUCUGAGAGUGGGGAAAGGGAUAAAUUUCUCAAAAAGGAGUCGGAAGAUAGGAAACAUGCAAUGACUUCAAUUUCCAAAGAGAAACAGGCCAAGCAUGAACAACGUGCUGGAUUUUGGGAACACCUUAUGCACAUGAUUUAUCAGACUUGUGGAGGCGCUGUUAUGCUUACUGACAUUGUCUUUUGGGGCCUCCUGCUCCCAUUCAUGACGGGUGAAAAUUUUCAACUUACCCUGCUGAUUGGAUGCAUGCAUUCUGUAAAUGCUCUUUUACUUAUCCUUGAUUCUGCUGUCAAUAACAUGCCAUUUCCUUGGUUUGGGCUUGUCUAUUUUGUGCUUUGGAGCGUUGCUUAUGUUGUUUUUCAGUGGGUUCUUCACGCAUGUUGCUUCACAUGGUGGCCAUAUCCAUUCCUUGAACUUUCUACUCCAUGGGCACCACUAUGGUAUCUAGCGUUGGCUUUGGUUCACAUUCCAUGCUAUGGACUAUAUGUUCUGCUAGUGAAAGGAAAGCAAGCAUUAUUCUCAAGAAUGUUUCCCCAUUCAUUCGUGAGGGCUCCGAUGGAGAAGAAGCAUGCGUAA